AAAUAAUGAAUGCUAAAUAAAUUGUUAAUAAAUAUACUGUGGUCCAGAUCCUCUGCAGCCAUGUUCCAGAAUGUAAAUAGUCAAACAUAUUUAUUAGCAUAUCAAUAGUUUUAAUAAUACUGAUUCAAUAUAUUUUAAAUGCUUAUGUUUACUUGUUUCUGCCUAUUAAUUACACGCCUCUCUGUUUGUUUUUAUUGUUUAAAGCACUUUGCUAUAUUUGGUCUAAAAAGUGAUGAGAAAAAAAAACACUUCUUAUACGAUCUACCUUUUUUUAAACAACCUGGCAACCCAGACGUUCUAUUAAAUACAAAAUAAAAAUAGUUUUUUAAUUUAACUAAGCACGCUUUUUUAUUUAUUAUUUACUAUUUUAAUUUUAUUAUAACAGAAAUCCAUUCUUCAUUUAAAAUCUUAUGACAAGUAUUUUAUCAGAGGAAAACUGCCUGAUCUUGACUGGGGACAGCCCAACAUUUCCGGGAACUGCCGAAACGGGAAACGAGACUCCCGUUUAUUGUGUGUACUUCCUGCUCCAAUCAUAAUACUGUCUAUAUGCUUCCAUCAAACACAACGAUCUGCCUCCCCUUCACUUGCGUCCUAACGACUGACGGGAGCGCAGAAACAACGGAUGUAGCUUCACUAUUAUAUUAUUGAUGUUUCCGGACAUCCACAGUAGCCCGUGUAGCCAGAUUGUGGACGAUUUCGGGGGUGCAAGCGACAAAACUCCCGCCUGGAAUUACAUUGUCUUUUGUCUGCGCAGCUGGCAUUAACAUUUUUUUGAUGUGUGAUCAGGGAUUGAGAAGUAAACACGCUGGCCUGCGCUCAUGAUUAGAUGCGAGGUGAGAUUAAUACCUCAGACUCCGAUUUUCUUUGAUCGCAAGUUGAUUUUAGUCAACUUGAACUGUGGGCUCCAAUGGCGUCUAUUUCGAAGGUGUCUAUUCUGGAUUACUUUAAUAUUGUGUUUGAAGGUGAAAAUGGCAAAAUCGAGUCCAACUGCAAGGCUUGUGGUACCAGGAUCCAGGCGAAGCGGAGUGUCACGUCCAACUUCGUAACGCAUCUGAAGCGGAAGCACCAGGCUAUGUAUGAUGACUUUGUGAAAAGGAAGGAUAUGAAGAGAGAGGGUUACUCUGGUUCCCUGCACAGUUUCACCACAAAUGGAGGGAAUACCCGCUACACUCACCCCAUCAUGCCUCGAGGAGGAGGAGGAGGAGGAGGAGGAGGAGGAGGUGCUGGAGGAAUGGCAACCCUUGAGGGAGGAGUAGGAGGCUCUGGAGGAGGGUUGACCAAGUUUGAUAGACAUGACCCACGUCAGGUUCUGAUCUCUGAGGCUAUAGCUAAGAUGAUUGUGCGUGAUCUGCAGCCAGUAUCCUUAGUGGAAAAUCAAGGCUUCAGAGAGCUGCUUCAGCUCCUGGAGCCGCGUUAUACUCCUGAGCCCCAGCAUUACAUCCAGAGCCAGCUGCUCCCAGCCUACGCCUACCAGGCCCAGGUAGCAACCCGUCAGGCCCUGGCCUCAGUGCAUGCCCUCAGUCUCAGCCUGGAUCUCUGGAGGGGCUUAACUGGAGCCACUUCAGGGUACCUUGGUGUCACCUGCCAUUUUCUCACAUCUGAUUGGCAGAUGCGUUCAGCACUCCUGGCGUGCCUUCCCCUGACUGGAGGCAGCUCUGGGAAUCGCGUGCUUUCAGAUUUUGAUGAAGUAUGUCAAUCUCAUGGCGUGUCAGGGAGAGCAUUUCGUGUGGUUGCGGACCCUUUCCUAGCAACAACAACAACCGUAAAGCCAUGUUGUCUUCCUGGUUUUCUGCUUUCACCUCCUCUUACUAACGGGCAAGAUGAAGAUGAUGGAGACGAGUCGGACAAUGGCAACAAUGUGGAGGAAGAAAUCAAGAAUGGCCAUGGUGACGAAGGAGAGUGGGAGGACUCGUGGGAGCAGGGUCUGGGUGUUUGUCGAGUGGACUGUUUCUCCCGCUCUCUUGAACAGUGUGUCAGAGAGGGGUUACGCUCCUGUCCACAGGUCGCUUCCACACUGGCCAAAGCUGCCUGUUUCUACAACUACAUUACCUCUGCUGUCCCUCCUGAGAAACUUAGCCAGGUGUUUGAUGGUCCUGGGUUGAGCAUGGGGGCACCAGGAACCUCAAGAGACUGGGCGGCUCAACUUAAGGUAGUGCGGCGGCUGCUGGACUCCAUGGAGUUCCUGGAGGAGGUGAGCGGUCCGGGGGAGCUGGCGCUGGGUGUUUCAGAGAGAGCCCUGCUGAGGGAGCUCACCGACACUUUGGAGCCCUUCACCGAGGCCUGGGACAUGGUGCAAGGGGAUAGACGGGCAGACAGACAGAUGGACAGACAUGUGUCCAUCAGUCUGGCUGUGCCAUGUGUUCUGGGCCUUCGUAAGCAUCUCUCUGAGACGUCAACGCCACACUGCCCCUCUCUUCUGGUGGGCCUCAGCCAGGCUAUAGAGCGUCGGCUGGCCCCUGUCCUGGAGGAUCCCCUCUACAUAACUGCCACCACCCUGGACCCCCAGUUCAAGCUCACUUGGAGCAGCAACCCUGACUGGCACAGACAAGUUCUCAUAGAGGAGUUGUCCAAACAUUCAACGGCCUCCAGCCCCAUAGAUCCCAACACAGACCUACAUCCUCAAUCCCUGACCCCUCCUGCCCCGGCUCCAUCACCGGUCUCAUCGCUUUCUCGGCCCUGUAAGCUGUUCUCUUUCAUCAAGCAGAGACCCACAACACAGGCCAAGAGCCUAGAGCAGGAGUUGGCCGUCUACCUACGAGAGGAACCCACAGAUGAGGAGGCUUUGCAUUUCUGGCGGCGUAAAGCUAUUGACUUUCCUCUGCUUGCCCAGGUGGCCAAGAGGGCGUUUACCAUACCUGCUUGUGGCACUGUAGUCGAGAGCAUUUUCACUACUGCUGGGCGCUGCCUGCGACCAGAGUCAGGCCGCGUCUUACCAAAGAACCUGGAGACGCUCAUCUACCUCAAAGCAAACUACAGAUUAUUAUGGACUUAAAGCUAGUCAAGCAUUUCUUUUACAUAAAUAGCAACUGAAGGCUUUAUACCUGCAGUAAAGUUACUCUUGGAUUAUAACCUGAGAAAACUGAGCAUGCAUCAUACUACACAUCAUUUGAUAUGAGAUGGAAUUAAUUACCCAGAAUUUCAGACUCGAGGCUCAGUUUCCCUUUUCAAGAAGGGUUUUCAGACUGCAGUAGGUGUGGAUUGCUGUCUGUUUACUAUUUAUCCUGCAUACGGACUCCCACACCACAUGCUGCGGCCGAGCGGACUAGAAGCGGAUCAAUACUAAAGCAAUUACUUUGACAUUAUUUUGCCUGGUCAGGAUCUUCAGACAUCCGCAAGACCACAAAGCCCUCACUGUCUAACCUUUCAAACCCUAAACAUAGCUGGCCGUCUGUGCACUGACAUACCAACAAUAACCAAAUGGUCAAUUAUUGUAUACUGUAGCAUCUUUUCUUUCAUUGAUAUACAAUAACCCUAUAGGUUAUGUCUACUUCAUUUGAUGUUGUUUUUGAAGGAAGGCAUCGGGUGCUAAACAAAAUGUCAGUGCAUCAUCCACUUGUUCUUUUCUCUCUGUAUGUAUGCCUCAUUACUAGGACAGUAAAAUAAACGAUUCGCUUCCCAAUGCAGAGCUGUGUGCAUUUUGCA